AUGCAGAGCCACCUCGCUGCUACCUUUCGCUCCUGCAGACCCCCAACAUCCCGUUUGGCAGCAGACCUCAGUCAGUGGCUCGCUCGCGCCCCUCCACCAUUGAGAGAUCCGUUGGCGGUGAGCGCUGAGCGCCCGCCCUCUGCAGACGGCCGGUGGCCACUGUGUGCUGCAGGAGCCGAGGGCGCCUUCAAGAAGCUCAAGCCGGAGCCGGCGACCGCGGCGCUGCUGGGGGGCGGCUCUGGGGGCGGACCGUCGCCCGCGCCGCCCCCGCACGCCGGCCACACGCCUACCACCGCCUCCUGCCCCACGCCCGCGCGACGUCGCCACAGGACCACCUUCACCCAGGAGCAGCUGGCUGAGCUCGAGGCGGCCUUCUCCAAGUCGCACUAUCCGGACAUCUACUGCCGCGAGGAACUGGCUCGGACCACCAAGCUCAACGAGGCCCGCAUACAGGUGAAACGGCCCUGA